ACAUGGCCGCCGUGACGCCAUGUCCAGAUUGAGAAUGACGAUGUAAAAUAGUAAAUUGUCCAUAUGAAAGGCCACACUUGGCCCCCUUUUAUAGAUUUUGUACAUAUUUUAGUAACUGGCAGACUGUAUAUUGUGAAAAGAAGGCUUCAAAGAUCUUUGGGGCUUUCGAUUUUAUGUUAAUGGAUUAAUAUGAAUCUAGACUCUUUAUCAUUUGCUUUGGCUGAAAUAAGUUAUUCAGUGGCCAAUCUAACGAAGAAAAAUUUUAAGUCUAGUGUCGCUGAAAUAAGUCAUCUUGUUAGUCAACACGGUGCAGAGGCAGAUCGACACUUGUUUCGCUGCCUUUUUUCUCAUGUAGACUUUAGUGGUGAUGGUAGAAGCAGUGGAAAGGAUUUUCAUCAGACACAGUUUUUGAUACAAGAAUUUGGAAAUCUACUUGGGAAACCAAAUUUUGUAUCAACCCUGUGUUACGCUAUUGACAAUCCUCUACAUCAUCAAAAGAGUCUGAAACCAUCAUCACAGCUCUUUACUCAAGUCAGUCGUGUACUGAAGCUAACACGGGUUCAAGAGGUCGUGUUUGGAUUAGCUCUCCUUAAUUCAUCCAACUCUGAAACCAGGAACUAUUCUGCCCAGUUUGUUAAGCAAAAGUUGCCUGAUCUCAUCAAGUCCUAUGUUGAUGCAGAGAGUAGUUUAAAACAAGAAGGAGGGUUACAGGACGUUCCAAUAGAAGUAAUUCAUCUUUUGUUAUCAAGCAUUUUUAAAUGUAAAGACAACUUUGGAAUAGCAACAGAGCAGAAAGAAAUUUUCAUCAAAACCCUCAAGAAAGAUUUUCCAUUUGAAGGAGUCCCUGUGAUAUUGGGACCAUUGUUGUACGCCGAAGCAGAAGAACUAUCUGUGGAAAAGUUAGCAGAUACAUCAGCCAUGCCUAAAACAGCAUUGGAAGCGUCCUUAGCUGACAUGAUUUUGGAGGCGGGUUAUGGCUGCACUUCAAAUGUCGAAGAAUGCCGAAGCAAUUUAUUGCAGUUUGGAGUAAGGGAAAUUACUCCCUCCUCAGUUGCGAAGGUCUUGGGUAUGAUGGCAAGAAACCCUGCAGGCUUAGAUGUUCAAAACACACAACAGACAAACAUGGCCUCAGGAACAGGAUGGGGAGAUAUGGGGGAUAAGGGAGACAAGCCAGGAUACAACACAUGGAAUGUUGAUGUCUUUGUCACAGUCAUUCAAGAUCUGGCUCAUCAUUUAAACUGGCGAGAGGUAGUGGCAGAGCUCGACCACCCAAAUUUCCUUGUGUUGAACAAGAAGGGGCUGCGCAUUCUCCUGCAGGGCCUUAAGCGAGGGUUACAGGACAUGUUCCCUGUUGAUUACAUCUAUAGACCAUGGAAAAACACUGAAGGACAGUUGUCUUUCAUUGUACAUUCUCUGAGGAACCCAGAUGUCUUUUGCUUUGCUGAUUAUCCUUGUCAUACAGUUGUGAUAGACAUACUGAAAUCUGCUCCAGAUGAUGACAACCGAGAAAUUGUCACAUGGAAAUCCUUGGCCUUAGUAGAGACCUUGUUAAGACUGUCUGACUCAGGGCACUACCAGACUGUUUCAGAACUGUUUAAGAUCCCUAUACAGAAUUGUCCAGAUAUGUUGGUGUUGGCGUUACUUCAGAUUACGCCCACCUGGAACACACUGAAACAGGAGCUGAUCUCCACCUUGAUGCCCAUCUUCCUGGGGAACCACGCUAACUCGGCAGUGGUGCUACACUAUGCCUGGCAUUGUCAGGGUCACUCCAGCACCAUCAGGACCCUCAUCAUGCAUUCCAUGGCAGAGUGGUACAUGCGAGGCGAACAGCAUGAUCAAAUUCGGUUAUCAAGAAUAUUGGAUGUUGCUCAGGACUUAAAGGCAUUAUCAAUGUUGCUGAAUGCUACCCCAUUUGCCUUUGUGAUUGACCUGGCUUGUUUGGCAUCCAGAAGGGAAUAUCUAAAGCUAGACAAGUGGCUAUCUGACAAAAUAAGAGAACAUGGAGAGCCAUUUAUCCAGACCUGUGUGAAUUUUCUGAAGCGGCGAUGUCCUCAGUUGAUGGGGGGCAUGUCAAAGGAUGAGAACCAGCCUCAGAUGAAGAGCCAGAUGUUGCCCACCGAAACCAUAGCCACCAUGCUGUCCUGUUUGCAGCAAUGUGCAAGGAGUAGUAGUCUCAGAAGUCAAGUGUCCCAGGAAUUGUCAGAAGCCAUAUUGACAAUGGUAACCAAUGCCGCUCUCAUGAUAAACAAAGCAAGACAGGCUCCCCCUGGGGUGGUGGGACCGGGACCCAAGUCAAUGCCCACCAUCCCCCCACAGCCUAGCAAUCCAUUGGACACUCUUGCAGACAGCAAUCCUCUGGGUAUCCCCAAGUCAUGGACAAUGAGUGCUGUAGGUAAUUCAGGGUUCCCUCAGGGGUUGGCUGCACCCCUGACUUCCACCACAACCCCUGGGUCUCCAGCCAAGCCAGGAUUUCAACCGAUCUCACAGCCUUCAUCAGUCGGAGGGCUCCAGGGAAUCAGCUCACAGCUUCAGAGCCUGGCCAUUCAGAAUCCCCCCAGAAAUCCUGGAAUCAGCACACUGGUCGGACAGGGCAUGUUGAAACCUUCCCCUCCCCAGGGAGCACCCCCUCAGCCUCAGCCCACACCUCCCACCCUGGGCCAACAACCGUCCAUGGGACCCCAGGCCGUUGUCAGACCAGUUGGCCAGACUACAGGAGACAUCUCCAGCAUUUUCCCUGACAUUCAGCAACAGUUCUCCAAGGAGGUGGAAGAUGAGGCUAAUUCUUACUUCCAGAGGAUCUACAAUCAGCCACCAACACCGACUAUGUCCAUUGAUGAAGUGCUAGACAUGCUCAAGAGGUUCAAAGAUUCACCGGACAAAAAAGAAAAGGAUGUUUAUGAGUGUAUGCUGCGGAACUUGUUUGAAGAGUACCGAUUUUUCCCUCAGUACCCAGAGAGAGAGUUACACACUACAGCAGUAUUGUUUGGAGGAAUCAUUGAAAAAGGAUUAGCAACGUAUAUGGCAUUGGGAAUUGCCUUGAGGUAUGUCUUGGAGGCUUUGAAAAAGCAGCACAAUUCCAAGAUGUAUUUCUUUGGAAUUGCAGCAUUGGACCGAUUUAAAACAAGAUUAAAGGACUACCCCCAGUAUUGUCAGCACCUGGCAGCUAUUCCUCAUUUUCACCAGUUUCCACAGCAUCUCAUUGAGUAUGUGAAGUAUGGAGCUCUGUCUCAAGAACCCCCUCAACAGCCGGUGUCCUCCCGCAGUAUUACCCCGACAGUAGGGGGACUGGGCCUCACGGGACUGCAGACAGGACCGAUGGGAAUGAUGCCUCAGCCAGGAACUCCCACUCCCAGCAUUGCAGGGUCUAGUCAGGAGGGGGUCCCCACCACCACAGUCUCCACCCCUAUACCCUCGUCACAGCCUGCUGCCAAAAAUCUACCAAAGCCCUCCAUUGCUAGUGCUACAAACAUAGAUACUUUGUUAGCUGGCCAAGGAAAGGAGGAGUUUUCUGUGCCCCCAGAGACGGUUCAGGACAAAGUGUUUUUCAUCUUCAACAACCUCUCUCUAGCCAAUUUGGCUCAGAAGACUGAAGAAUUGAAGAAGGAAGUUACAGAGGAAUAUUUACCAUGGGCUGCCCAGUAUCUUGUGAUGAAGAGAGCCAGCAUUGAGCCCAAUUUCCACACACUGUAUGCCAACUUUGUGGAUGCUCUAAAUCACCCCAAACUUACAACACUGGUCACUAAGGAAACAUUUAGAAAUAUCAGGGUAUUACUGAGAAGUGAUAAAGGUGAUGCUAACUUCUCUGACAGAACCCUGCUCAAAAACCUCGGUCAUUGGCUCGGAAUGUUAACCUUGGCUAAAAACAAACCAAUCUUACAAAUAGAUAUAGAUCUGAAAGGUUUGUUGUAUGAGGCUUACCACAAAAGCUCCAGGGAACUACUUUAUGUGGUCCCUUUUACUGCCAAGGUUCUGGAGUCCUGUGCUAAAAGCAAGGUUUUCAAACCACCUAAUCCAUGGACCAUGGCUAUCAUGAAUGCUCUAGCAGAACUACACCAGGAACCUGACCUCAAACUCAACUUAAAAUUUGAAAUAGAAGUGCUAUGUAAAACUCUGAAUAUUGACUUAGGGGAACUGAAACCUGGCAAUUACUUGAAAGACACCAUUAGACUACAGACCCAUGAACCACAGUUGUCGUCUGUGAAGCCAGCGGCUGUGAUACCGCCACCUGUGGUCACCCCCCAGCCUGAUCCGUCCCUGAUACUGACCGCAUCAACUCCGACGGUCACCACUACCACCACUGUCACCACGACAACCACAGCCCCCUCCAGCGGCACCCCCAACCUGCCACCAAGGCCACAGUUUGCAUACGAGGACAUCAACACCAACAACUUUGCCACUUUGGCUAAUCAGAUCCUGAUAAGUGGACAGGUGGCUCUGCUACAGACUCACCCACAAUUGAAGCCUCUGGUGAAGAUGGCAGUGGAGAAAUCCGUGCAGGAACUGAUGCCUCCUGUGGUGGAAAGAACAAACAAAAUUACUCUCACCACUUGUGAACAAAUAAUCAAAAAGGACUUUGCAUUGGACCCUGAGGAGACCAGAAUGAGGGCAGCAGCUCAUCACAUGAUCAGAAACAUGACCUCUGCCCUGGCACUGAUAACGUCCCGCGAGCCCCUGUACCACAGCAUUGCUUCCAAUCUUAGGACAGCUUUCAUGAGUGCGCUCAGACUUACAACAGAGACAGCAAGUGCUAGGGAUAAAGAUGCAAUAGAACAAGCAGCCACAGUAUUAGCUACUGAUAAUGCUGAGUUAGCAUGUGUCUUUAUCCAAAAAACAGCUGUUGAGAGAGCUAUUCCAGAAAUGGACAAGAGGCUGGCAACAGAAUAUGAAUUCCGUAAGCAUGCUCGAAAUGAGGGAAGGCGUUACUGUGAUCCUGGAGUACUUACAUACCAAGCGGAGAGAAUGCCGGAACAGAUCAGAUUAAAGGUGGGAGGAGUCACACCUGCUCAGAUCUCUGUAUAUGAAGAAUUUGCUCACAACAUCCCAGGAUUCUUACCAACAAAUGAAACACCUCAAGCACACCCUGGAGUUACCAAACCUGUGCCUGUUCAGCCAGAUGAAAUUUCCCAGAUGUUAGAGAAGAUAGGAAGAGAUAUAGAUCAAGUGCUACAGAACUUCAUGUUCCCUCCUAACAAUCCCCUCGGCAAUCAGCUGCACAAAGUGCUAGAUGCUGUGAUGUAUGCCAGAAACAGCAGGGACAUGGGAUCCAUUGAAACCUUGCUACAGAAGACGAUUAACGGACUGAUGGAGCUGUACACCAACAACACCACGGAGCAGGAUCUGAUGAGCAGGUUCCGUGACUGCCACAUCCUGGUCCUAAAGUGCUUACAUGACCCAAGGGCGUACGGUCCAGCCUGGCUAAAGAAGCAGGUGACGCGAGCCCUGGUGGAGCGCAGUGACGACCACAAGUAUAACCUGGAGGCCCUAGACUGUCUUAUCCGCAGCCAGCUGGUCAACAUGCAGCAGUUUGAUGUGUACUUGGUUCAGCUGAUGGAAAACGGCAUCAACUACAUGGCAGUAGCUUUUGCUAUGCAGUUAAUUCAAAGAUACUGCAUCAGCGACAAACAUAAUUCUAUUUUGACAGAGGCUGAUUUUGCCAAUACUAUCGAUGCUCUGAAUGCCAUCUCCAACAGAUCUAUCAAUCCGCCUGAUGGGCUGCAAGCAUUACUUGACAACUUACGUAGCACCCCUAGUGGAGGCAGCAGCAGCAGCACCACCACUGGAAGUGCCCUUAUCAACUCUGAUUUUGUCUUCAUGGAUCAGACAGCAGCUCUGAAAGCUGCCUCUGGUAUGAUGCACACUGGAAUUAUCCAGGCCAGAGACAUUGAUGGGGACCCCCCAGGUCUCCACGAGAAGGCGGAGUACCUCCUCAGAGAGUGGGUUAACAUGUACCACUCCCCCGCCGCUGGAAGAGACAGCACAAAGGCUUUCACUGCAUUUGUUCAACAGAUGCAUCAGCAGGGUAUACUGAAAAACGAUGAUGUGAUAACACGCUUCUUCCGCCUCUGCUCUGAGAUGUGUGUGGACCUGUGCUAUCGGGCCAUGGGAGAGGCCACAGGAACACCCCCAACCAAUCAGGCCCUGAUCAGGGCCAAGUGUUUCUACACACUGGAUGCCUUUGUCCGUCUUAUUGCCCUUCUGAUUAAACACUCGGGGGACAAUGCAAACACUGUAACAAAGAUUAAUCUUCUCAACAAGGUCCUGGGAAUUGUGGCUGGGGUUUUGCUGCAGGAUCACAUUGUGAGAAUGACAGAGUUUCAGCAGCUUCCUUAUCACAGGAUUUUCAUCAUGCUCUUCAUUGAGCUGAAUGCACCGGAACAUAUCUUAGAGAACAUCAAUUACCAGGUCCUCACAGCUUUCUGCAACACGUUCCAUGUGUUGAGACCUGCCAAAUCACCUGGAUUUUCCUACGCAUGGUUGGAGUUUAUAUCUCACCGGGUUUUCAUUGGCAGAAUGUUAGCUCUGACCCCUCAGCAAAAGGGAUGGGGAAUGUAUGCCCAGUUGUUGAUUGAUUUGUUCAAAUUUCUGGCACCUUUCUUGAGGAAUGCCGAUCUCACAAAACCAACUCAGAUGCUGUAUAAGGGAACACUGCGAGUUUUACUGGUCCUGCUCCACGACUUUCCAGAGUUCCUCUGUGAUUACCAUUAUGGAUUCUGUGAUGUCAUCCCACCUAAUUGUGUUCAGAUGCGUAACUUGAUACUGAGUGCUUUCCCUCGUAACAUGAGGCUUCCUGAUCCAUUUACACCAAACCUCAAGGUUGACAUGUUGACAGACAUUUCACUCCCACCCCGCAUUCUUAUCAACUUUGCAAGCAAGAUACAGCCUGCUCAGUUCAAGAAGGAUUUGGAUUCAUACUUGAAAUCGAGGUCUCCCGUAACAUUUGUAUCAGACUUGAGAAGUUACUUGCAGUCCAGUGAGCCAGGGACCCGGUACAACAUUCAGCUGAUGAAUGCCUUGGUCCUGUAUGUGGGGACACAGGCAAUACAGUUCAUCCAUAGCAAGAGUCUAACUCCUAGCAUGAGCACCAUCGCUCACUCAGCCCAUAUGGACAUUUUCCAGAAUCUUGCAGUGGCUUUAGAUACCGAAGGUCGUUACUUGUUCUUGACUGCCAUAGCUAAUCAGCUGAGAUACCCCAACAGUCACACCCAUUAUUUCAGCUGUACACUGCUGUAUUUGUUUGCUGAAGCUAAUACAGAGGCCAUCCAAGAACAGAUAACAAGGGUUCUGUUGGAGAGACUGAUAGUGAACAGACCUCACCCCUGGGGGCUCCUCAUCACCUUCAUUGAGCUUAUCAAGAACCCCCAGUUCAAGUUCUGGAAUCAUGAGUUUGUGCACUGUGCACCAGAGAUAGAGAAAUUGUUUGAAUCAGUUGCCAGAUCCUGUAUGCAACCUAAACAAAAUCAGCAAGCUUCUACCGGUUUACGAGAAUCCGAUUCCAAUGAAAUGCACUAGAUGCGAGGCACAUGUCACUUUGUUCUUUUCUGUCAGUGCUUGUUAGGACUGAAUGGACGCUUGUUGUGAUUCAAAGCUUUUACUGUCUACAAAGUUUGUACCGAUAUAAGUAAUCUGGAUUUACAUGUUUGUAAGAGCAAUUAAUUUAUUUUGGUAUUUGAAUAUUUGCCUUUCCAAUUCACAGAAUGUUGUCAUUAUCAUGGUAGCUGAAUUUACCCAGUCUUUCAACCAUGACAUUUGUAAUAUAGCGGCAUUGAUGUGAACUUUUUGUUUGUUUGAGAAGAAUCAUGUAUAGGUGAAGCUUAUGUUAAUUUAGACUGUUUUCUACAAGAAAACUUGGAACAACUGCGUUGUUAUAAUUGUCACGAAAUAAUUAGGAGCAUUGUAUAUUGUUGAUUGUACAUACAAGGUAUUUUCAUUCUGUAACAUAAUUCUUAAAUAUAUAUAUAUUUGUGUACAAAACUUUAUUAAGAUUGUCAUUCAUUGAAUGAUUGGUGCACCGAAUAAGGAGCUGAAUCAUUGCAGUCAUUUAUGUUUGAUGUUUGAUUAAAUAUUAACUUACCUAG